AUGCCAAAUUACAGGAAUCAGUCACCACGCGAUGAAAUGUUACUCCAUCCGGAGGAUAACUUGAAUUCUCCACAUAUGCUGGAGCCAUCCAUGCCUCUCCCUUUAUUUAGGGGCUUGGUAACACCACAUAUGGACAAAGACAUGUCCAGUGAUACCUUGCAGCAAAUAGAUCCUCCUGGCUUUAGAAAAGGAGAUAUUAUCAUUGAUGAUCAACCAGCUAAUGGUCCGUUCACUGAGAAGCAUGAAUCACCAGUACGUAGAUGGGUCAGUUCUUUCACGAGUAAACAGGUCAUAGUUAAUAACGGAGAGGUUAAAGAGUUACAGAAACAAGUAGUUCGUGAACCAGAUGGCACUGAAGUCCACACAACAAUUGAACGGUCACCUGAUGGGGAAAAGAAAAGCGUUUUUUAUAAGAGACCCGAUGGGCAGCAGUUCGAUGUUACAAAUAGUGAAGAUUUGCAAAUCAUGAACCAACGUGUUCCACCAACGGAAGAACAUUAUUCAGAAAACAAGUAUUCACGGAUUUUCGAUGCUGUACGACGUUGGUAUCACGGGAAUUAA